AAUAAUAAUAUUUUAAUCUUGAAGAAUCUAAUAUUUAUCUGCCAUUAUUUUUACAUUGUCAUAUUGUUUCUGUGUUAAAAUUUUCUUUCGAUUUUAUAAUUAAAAAAAAUCAAUCAAAUCAACCAUGGUCUUAUUGGAAACAUUUGGUGAAUUGAAAAAAUUUUUUCAACCAUCCAAAGUAAUAAUCGAUAAUAUUAUACAUAAAAUGCAUUAUCGUUGGACAACAAUGUUAUUUAUUGCAUGUUGUACAUUGGUUUCAUUGAAUCAAUUUUUUGGUACACCAAUCGAAUGUAUUACGAAUAAAGAAACCAAACCAUAUUCGGAAAAAUUUAUUAAUACAUAUUGUUGGAUACAAUCAACAUUCAGUAUAAUAACAUCAUGGAAUAAAACAAUCGGUAUUGAAAUACCAUAUCCUGGUAUUGAUAAUAAUUUAGAUGAUAAACAAGUUGUUUAUCAUGCUUAUUAUCAAUGGGUUGGUAUAUUAUUAUUCAUACAAGGAUUAACAUUUUAUUUACCACAUUCAUUAUGGAAACGUAAAGAAUCUGGUCGUAUUGGUAAAUUAAAAAUGGAUUUAGAUAAAAUUCUAUUCGAUAAAGAAUAUGAACGAAAUAAACAGCUAAAAAUAUUGGCCAAUUAUUUUAUUGAUAAUCGUAAACAAUCUAAUCAUUGUUAUUUAAAUUGGUUUAUAUUGGUUGAAAUUUUACAAUUCGCUAAUAUUAUUAUUCAAAUACGUUUGAUAAAUAAAUUUUUGGGUGGUUAUUUUCAUCAAUAUGGUCCUGAUGUUUAUCAUUUUUUAAUGAAUUAUAAUGAUGGUAUGAUUAAUCCAAUGAUACGUGUAUUUCCACGUGUUACAAAAUGUACAUUUCGUAUGUUCGGUGCAUCCGGUACACUUGAAAAACAUGAUACAUUAUGUAUAUUAUCUAUUAAUAUUUUAAAUGAAAAAAUUUAUAUUUGUAUUUGGUUUUGGCUUUAUUUAUUAACAAUAAUUACUGGAUUAUCAUUAAUAUAUCGUAUGGCAAUUUAUUUUCUUAAUCAACUUCGUACAAAACGUAUUGAAAAACAGAUUAGUGAUUUUAAUGAUUGUAUUAAUCAUUAUGAUAUUGAUUUUAUUAUACAACAUUUAAACAAAGAUCAAUGGUUUACAUUGAAUUUAUUAUUAAAAAAUAUUGAUCCAAUCAAUGGUUAUGAAUUAUUAUCGAUGAUGAAAGAAAUUCUUCAUGAAAAACAAAUGAUUAUUGGUAAUGGUGGUAAAAUAUUGAUUCCAAACUAA